AUUUGUCUGUCAUGGGUCGCCGAAAGUCCAAAAGAAAGCCUCCUCCUAAGAAAAAAAUGACUGGGGACCUGGAGUCUCAGUUCACUUGUCCUUUUUGUAACCACGAGAAGUCAUGUGAUGUCAAAAUGGAGCGGAGCAGGAAUACUGGCAUAAUCUCCUGUUCAGUCUGCCUGGAGGAGUUCCAAACCCCCAUUACAUAUCUAUCAGAGCCUGUUGAUGUUUAUAGUGAUUGGAUUGAUGCUUGUGAAGCAGCAAACCAGUAGCCCCUGCUAAAGUCUGUACUGCUGAUGAGAGGAAAAGAUGGCCAUGUCAUUUAAGAAUCCUGCAAGACUUUGUAUUGUUUUAUGCCUUCUUUUAUAUGCAAUGGUCACGAUUACGCAUUGUUUAAAACUACUGUCUUCAUUCAAAUAGGAUAAAUUUUUUUCCUAUUUAGCUUUAGUAAUUAUUUGCUUGGGUGUUUCUUAAAACACCAUGAGAUACAUUAAACUUUUAAUUUGAAUAGUUUGAAUGUUACGUUUUGAGAUGGUUUGAGCUGUAAAUUGUGUGUUUUCUUUUGUAAAAUUUUGAGCAAUACAUUAGGUUUAUGACGUAAUGCUUAAAUAAACAAGAUCAUCUAUUAGUAGUUUUAUGAGUUUUAGUCUUAUACAAUUAGAAUGCAAAGUUCCAUAUAUGAAAAAAGGACUUGAUAUACAGAAUAAAUGAAGCUUUAUAUUGUUAAAAUUCACAUCUCAACCUCAGGUUUGCAUAUUUUUACCUAAGACUUGACCACAUGGUAGCCUACAUUUGUUGUAUAGAGCAUGUUUAGAUGGCAGGUUUCACUGCAAAAUAUGUUUUGGAAAUCGAUCUCAACAGUUUUUCUUACUGCAAAAAGUCUACAAUGUGUAUGGAUGGCAGAAGCAAUAAAUAUUUUUGUUUUAGAA